UUCUCAGAGACUUGAGAAGAAUGGAGGAACCUUGGAAGUGCAUUGCUGCCCCCCUGGCCUGAGGUGCAGUUGCUCCAUGAGGAUACCCGGAUCUGGUAGAUGUUGCUCUUUUUUCCAGCUGGGCUGGACUGACAACUCAUGGGGAUCUCUUGGGCAAUAGGGGAUCAUGGGACCCCUGUGUCCUUGCCCACACUCAAAAAACACCCCAAAAAAGCCUAUAAAAAGGUACCAGGGGAAUUUCAUGGGGCCUCCUACUGACCCCGGGCCCUCGGGCAGUGCCCGAGUGCUCAAAUGGUCAGUCCGCCCCUGGUUGGAUCUAUAGUUUU